UUCUCCUCCUUAUCCAGUCGCCCGCUCCUCUCCUUCCUCUCCGCGCCUCAUCCGCCCCCUUCCUCCGCUCGCGCCGCCGCCCUCCCGGCCUCCGCCCGCGCCGCUGGCCUCCGCUCGCGCAGCUGCCCUCCCGACCUCCGCCCGAACUGCCGCCGGCCUCCGCCAGAUCCGCCGCAUCCCGGCGUCCGCCCGCGCCGCCGGCCUCCGCCCGAGCCGCCGCCUCCCGGCGUUCGCGCGCGCCGCCGGCCUCCAUCACCGCGGCGUCCGCCCGCGCCGCCGCCUCCUGAGCCCUGGUGAGGGCAAGGCGGUCCAAGGGCGGGAGGAGCUCGGCGGAGCCGCGUGGAGCCUCGAUUUCGUGGCUAACCGAGUCCGGCCGGCCAAACGCGGCCUCAAAAUCGAACCCAACUCCAGCAGCCCUCCCUGUCGUAACCGAAGCCAGUCUCGUUGUUGGGUGGGAUUCCCAAAUCUGAGUCCAAUCCCUCCCUCAAAUUGACACUCCUCCAGUAGGGAGGGGCUGGAUCUGGAGGGGAUUCAGUUCAAGGCAGGCAGGCAGAGAGGGAUUGAUUCGAUUCCGGCCCGGGAUAUAUAUAGAUUAUCUAUAUAUAUUUCACAUAGAGGAAGACAUGGGGCUUGUGGAUCUUAUGUAGCACAUGUCCAUGGAGCGGCAGCCGGACCGCCUUCGUCGGCGAGCGCAUACCACUUAUGGGUUGGUUGCUUCACGGGAUAAUAAUAAUAAGGUCUCACCCUGCCAGCAAGAAGCUGAUUCUCAAGGUGGUGAGGCACAGAUGCCUAGGCUUCCAGAGGACAUCUGGUGUUAUAUACAUUCCCUAAUGCCAAUGCGAUCUGCUGCUCGAGCUGCCUGUGUAUCUCAAGCUUUUCUACGUUCCUGGAGGUGCCAUCCCAACCUCACUUUUAGUGUCAGGACGCUGAGAUCAAAUAAGAAGGAACAUAUUGUGAGAGAUUUUUGUAGCAAAGUUGACCAGAUUCUGAAAAGGCACUCAUGCAUUGGUAUAAAAAAACUCAACAUUCAGAUGUGUGAAGGUUACUGUAAUAGUUAUCUCGACAGUUGGCUCCAGGUUGCUGUUAAAUCAGGAAUCGAAGAACUUUCACUUUCGAUACCACCAAUAGCAAAAUACAGCUUCCCAUGCUCACUCUUAUCUAAUGGGAGUGGAGACUCAAUCCGAUACCUAGACUUCACUGGUUGCUCCUUCCGUCCCACAACUGAACUUGGUUGUUUAAGAAGCCUGACAAAACUGCAUCUUUAUCAUGUCCGUUUUACUGGGGAUGAGUUAGGGUGCCUUCUCUCCAAUUCUUUUGCCUUGGAGGUGUUGGGAAUCCGGUAUUGUAAUGGGAUAGGUAGCUUGAAGCUCCCUUGCACGCUGCAGCGCCUAAGGUACCUAGAGGUUUUAGGCUGUUGCAAGCUGGGAAUGAUAGAAAGCAAAGCUCCAAAUAUUUUCAACUUUGACUAUGAAGGAAAGCGCAUUCAACUGUCACUCGGAGAAACGUUGCAAAUGAAGGAGCUAAGAUUGUCCUUCUCUGGCUCAGUUCAUUACUUUUCUGUUGAACUUCCAUCCAGAAUGCCAAACCUUAAAGUUGCCACUAUAUCUUCGCAUAGAGAGAUCAUCAAUACACCAUUGCUGCAUAGCAAAUAUCUCCACCUCAAAAGCCUUACUAUUUUGCUUUUUGCUGGAACCUUUCCUCCGGCCUACGAUUAUUUUUCUCUUGUUUCCAUUUUUGAUGGUUGCCCUUCCAUGGAAAGUUUGGUUUUGGAUGUAUCCCAGUAUGAAAUGGAACACGUCUCCAUAUUCACAGAUCCCUCAGAGCUGAGGAAGAUGCAAGGACAGCAGCACCACAAGAUGAAGUCAGUGAAGAUCCAAGGAUUCACGUCAGCAAAGAGUCUUGUUGAGCUAACAUGCCAUAUUGUUGAGAGCAUGACAUCACUUGAAUGCCUUACAUUGGAGACCCAUCAGAGUUCUUCUAGGUGCUUCGAGCCUGCUGAUAAAAGUAACAAGUGCUCCCCAUUGCCCAUUCAUAUUCUCAAGGAAGCUCAACGAGGGCUCUUGGCCAUCAGGACGUACAUUGAGCCUAAAGUUCCUGCUAUGGUAAAGCUACAUGUUGUUGAGACUUGCCGACGAUGCCAUGCUGUUGAACUUUAGAUGCUGGGUCUAAGUUUCAGCCCUUCAUAAUUAUGGAUAAUAUCCAUUGUGUAGCUCUAGUACUUGAGCGCUUGUGCUGCAGACUCUGUUUUGCGUUUGGAUGUGCUGAAUAACCUCUUAUUAGUUAAUAAUAACUUUGGUAUGCCAUUUGUUAUUUUGAAGCUGUCUGUGUGUCCACUGUAUACAUACAUUUCUUCAAUCAAGCUACCAAACAUGCUUCUAA